AAUUCAGAAACACUUGCCUCCAUUCUCACGGCAAAAAUCAGAUGGAGCAGGGUCAGGCCGGGGAUUCAUUAAUUGAUUGCCAUGAUCCAUGGCUCCUGAUGGCCGCUGUAUUUGUGAACUCCACUCAAUGAUGUUGGAAACACCAGUCUUCAGUCUGCUGAAGUUCUUAGUCUGGUGGAGCGGAUAGGACGGCAGCCUAAUCAGGGGAAACAGUAGGAGGAUGGCUUUCAGGAAAGAGAGUGAGAGCCCCGAAGGCUUGUGGCUGUCGCUGCCACACCCCAUCUCCCACCCGUGCAGCAGAGGCUCAAGGUGGAUCCCUUCUUGUUGGAAGUAGGCGUGCCAGAAUCGGAACCCGGGGUCCGGAACUAAAGGCAGCAGGGACUUAAACUAUACCCGGAUGGCCUUCCAGGAAGGACCCAUCCCGGAAGUGGACCGGAAAAAACCCCAACUGGCCGCUGUUUCCCCAUGCAGAGGCUGGCUGUAGACUGGUGGUUGGCGCGGGAACCUGGAGACUCAUCUCUGAGCAGCCAGCCCGCCUCUUGCAGUUGAGGAAAGCUGAGGAAUUUCCCCACGGCGCAGAGUCUAGUGCGCAGGCGUGUGGGCGGGGCGGGCUCUUAAAGGGGCCGCGCGGCGCGGAGUCGGUGGAGCUGGUGUCGCCAAGCGCGAGGCUCUCGGGCGGGAAUGGGUGCUAGGUACCCCGAGGACCAGGCCCCGUUGGCACUGAGUUUGGGUCUACUCUGCGGACGUGCCCAAGAAGAGCUGCAGGUUAAAGUCGCCUCUUCCGGUCUCUAGCCAGUUUUGCUAUGGCUCACGCUGGCUCUCGCAAGCGCUCGAGGAGUCGCAGUCGGUCCCGGGGUCGGCGGGAUUCAGAAAAGCGAAGUAAGAAGAGUAGUAAGGACGCCUCGAGGAACUCCAGAUCUCCAGGUCACAAGGCCUGCAGCACCUCUGAGGAGAGAAGCAAGCACAAGGCCCGGAGGACAGCGAGGUCCAGCUCUUCCUCCUCCUCUUCCAGCUCUUCCAGCUCCGCUUCGUCCUCGUCCUCCAGUGACGGCCGGAGGAAGCGGGGGAAACACAAGGAUAAGAAGAGGAAGAAGAAGAAGAAACGGAAGAAGAAGCUGAAGAGGAAAGGCAAGGAGAAAGCUGCGGUGAUGCACCCGGCAGAGGCCCUGCCCGGCCCCUCGCUGGAUCAGUGGCACAAAUCAGCCGGGGAGGACGAUGGCCCAGUCCUGACUGACGAGCAGAAGUCUCGCAUCCAGGCCAUGAAGCCCAUGACAAAGGAGGAGUGGGAUGCCCGACAGAGUGUUAUUCGCAAGGUGGUGGACCCAGAGACAGGUCGCACAAGGCUCAUCAAGGGAGAUGGUGAAGUCUUAGAGGAAAUCGUAACCAAAGAACGACACAGAGAAAUCAACAAGCAAGCCACCCGAGGGGACGGCCUUGCCUUCCAGAUGCGAGCGGGCCUGCUUCCCUGAGGGCCCUGGUAUCCCAGGUCUGUGAACUACUGUGGUGGCCGCUGGCCUACUCCAGCAUCCUCUUGGGUGCAGUGGGUGGGAGUGGAGUGUCAGUAUUAAAUAGUCUCGAUCAGA